AUGAAAAGACGCUUCAGCAACAGUUUGAAUUCUUUCAAUCAGGAUGAAGUUCCCUCCUUUUAUAAGUUGCCUACUUUGAUCAAUCGGUCUUACAGAGAAAUGCGUGAAUUGAACAGCAUUGAUAACGAACAGAUGGUGAGCAACGAAGACUUUAUUUCUCUGGUUAGGGAGGCCUGCGAGGGGAGUUCAAGUCAUCUUGGAGACAGGAAGGACGAGCUGCCUCCUCCUGACAAUGACAAUUGCACUGACCGUUCAAUUUCCCCAGAUAAAUGUGCUAGAGUGAAAAGAAGAGCGUUUUCCACCAACGAAGCAUCAAACUUUGACAAAGAGGAAGGCCGAAGGAUCGAAAGGUUACGCCAUUAUGAAUUUCCCCGUCAAACUACUUCUUCCAGGCUUGGAAGCCAUAGCUUUGAAGGUAUCGAGGAUGAAUACAUACCAGAUUUUCAUGCCUUCAAUUUGAAGCGUUACGCAUCCAAUGAGAAUCUACUGGACACAGAGUCUGCAAGGCCAUCUCCAAAUAUAUAUGCUCCAAUAUCAACAAGGGAAUUGUCGUUAAGUCCCAGUCUUAUUUUAUCGCCGCUUGCUCCUUCAUCAGCUGCAAGUUCAAGCUCAAUAACCAACGAGAAACUAAUCUUAAGAGGUCUGCAUUCGAAUGUCAAACCUAUUGAUAUUUCCCCCAAACGGUCGAAACUGGGAAAGGAUGGUUUCGGGAGAUUUAAUGCUGGUGAACAAUUCUCCCACUCUGGGAGAUCUCCGGAACGUGAAGGAGAUCGAUCUCUUCUAGCUAGUCUACCGAAGAACUUCUCCUCUCUUUCAUUUAGUGAGAGAAAGAAGUUUUUAAGCGAACUUCUUCCGGAGUCAUUAAAGGAUAACGACGAAUACAAGAGCCAUUUGACGAGAUUGCUAAGGAAAAAUUCACUUCCAAGAUCCAGAGCAUCAUCCAAUGCGAUCGACUUCCUUAAUUCAUUCUCAUUAGAAGGAGACACAUCCGUGUCUGGAGUAAGUGGACCUGCAGAGAAUGUGAAUGAAUGUGGUUCCAUAGUAAUGAAUAAGUGGAAGCUAGGAAAUACUUUUAACCGAGGAGCCUUUGGAAUCAUUCGAGAUUGCCAAAAUAUCGAGGACCAAUCCGAUAAUAGAGCCAUGAAGGUGAUCGAAGUGUAUGAUUCUGUAGAAUUCGAGCAGAGGUUCAAGACGGAGAUUCUGAUGUGGUCCUUAAUGCAGCACGAGAACAUUCUUCUUCUCCAAGACUUUCUAAUGACCAAUAAUUGGUUUUUUUUGCUUAUGCCUAAAGUAUUAGGAGGAUCUUUAUUCGACAUCGUGAAAAUGUGGGAAGCCUAUAGGAUCCCGUUAAAUGAUAGAUUCCACAAGAUCAAGAAUUUUCUGAGAGGUCUCUGUAAAGCCCUUCAGUAUAUGCACUCCAUAGGAGCUUAUCAUGGUGAUAUUAAACUGGAAAACUGUCUUGUGGACUCACAAAACAACGACAGACUUCUUCUUUGCGAUUUUGGUAUGGCUAACUUUUUCACUAAAGAGGGAAAUGCGCAGACUGGAGUUCCUGAGCUAACGAAAAGACUUGUCAAGCUUGAACCUUUUGCUGGCCGCAGCACCUCCGAUUCCGAACUUCAUCAUCGACUUCCAGAUGAACGAAUAGGCUCACUACCAUAUGCAGCACCCGAAUUGAUUCAACCGUCACCUCAGAACUUGAGCAGUUUCAGUGAUAUGUGGGCAUUCGGCAUUAUGGUAUACACUAUGGUGACUCUUAAGUUACCGUUCUGCCACAGAUUCGAGCCCAGAGUAAAAAUGCAGAUUAUCUAUUGCGAUUAUGAUGGUCAGGCCUUCGAGAAAGAAGUAGAAUCUCUUAGAGGCAACAAUUACACCGUUCAGAUCAUGGAGAAUCUACUUUAUGGAUGUUUGGAGAAAGACAUCAACAAGAGACUUGAUGCUACAGCAGCGCUUGCUUUGAUCGAUCAAUUAUAA